UAUUUAAUGUUGCUUGUGAAUGUGUGAUAAAGAAAGUUAUUUAUCUGUUCGAAAUCAUCACUGAUAGUUGAUGCAGUCACUCUAUAGAACAUUCAAUAAGUUUUUAAUUCCACAGAAUUAAGUCCUAUAGAUCAUUGAAAUGAAGCUCAUUGAUUGUGGGUCUUAAGCUGACGAUUGGAUGCAACUCUCCUGGCUUUGCAUAAAAGUCUGCUUCAUAAAUUGCACAAGUUUUUUUAAAUAUGUAAAUUGGACUAGCUUGAUCCUAUCGUGGGAUCAAUCAGUUUUGUUCAUUAUUCAUUGAUGAGUUGAGGAAUACGCUUGAUGAGAAUUAGAUAACAUUUUAAUUCAAUAUUAUGCAAUUUCUUGUUCGCGUGAAUUUAUGAUGCAAGAUGUGAAGACAUAAGGUUACAUUUAGUGAAGUUCCAGCUAAGUUUUGAGUUAUAUUCUUCUGGUUUUAUUAUCUACAAGAAUAAUUUUAUUGACUAACCAUAUAUUUUUAUCUUGAGCCCAUGAAAGAUUUUUGUGUAAUAAUUUUUCAUAGAAUAUAUCUUGACUAGUUCUUUCCUACUCCGGCGCGUAGUGGAGUUAACAUUAACUGAUCAAGUGUGUAGAGCAAGGUGAUAAUGGCCGAUGAAGGCGAUGUAGGAGUGGUCGGCAACACAACCGUGGCGGUGGAGGAGCCACUAGACCUCAUCAGGCUGUCACUGGACGAGCGACUGUAUGUCAAGAUGCGCAACGAGCGCGAGCUGCGGGGCAGACUUCACGCUUACGACCAGCAUCUGAACAUGGUGCUGGGCGAGGUGGAGGAAACCGUCACUAGCGUCGAGGUGGACGACGAGACGUUCGAGGAGGUUUACAAGACGACGCGGCGCACCAUCCCCAUGCUCUUCGUGCGCGGCGAUGGCGUCAUCCUCGUGGCGCCGCCCAUGCGCGGGGCACCUCCCUAGAGUCCUUACCUUGGUCGCGUGUCAGUUAUAAGUAAUUGCAUAGGAUAGUUUUUGAAUGUGGUCUAACAUCAUCUAUGGGCAGUCUUUUACAAGUAAUUACAUAGGAUAGUUUUUGAAUGUGGUCUAACAUCAUCUAUGGGCAGUCUUUUACAAGUAAUUACAUAGGAUAGUUUUUGAAUGUGGUCUAACAUUAUCUAUGGGCAGUCUUUUACAAGUAAUUGCAUAGGAUAGUUUUUGAAUGUGGUCUAAAAUAAUCCAUGGGCAAAUAUUGUGACGAGUAAAAAGUGUUGUCAUCAGGCACUUGUUCAUCUGGGGAGAUUUAUUUCAUCUUGAAUUUGUCCAUUUGAAUUUUUCGAAUUUGAUUUUUUCGAAUUUGAUUACUCUAAUUCGAAUUUGACGAUCUGUUAGGUUAUUUCUGUAUAACGUCAGUGGACUUGUAAUGAUCUCAAAGAUCUUUGAUGCAAAGUGCUACACAUCAUCGUAUAAUUUUUAUUUGCAUUGUUCUGGCUGGCGGAAAUUCAUAGUUUGGAUGAUCUAAGCGUUAAUUAUCCAUUUUAAUGUAUUUUUUUUAUUUAGUCAAGACAAUUUCAAUGUAAAGGCACAAAUAUGUCAUGCCUUAUUGUUAAUGCUGUGUGAAAUAUUUUGUUUUAAUUAAUUCACUUUUGAAUUGUGAUUCAUUUUGCAGCGUCAAUAUUCACUGCACUGAUUCAGCAAAAUUACUGCAAACGCCUGCGAUUUAAAGCUUCGUUAUGCCAUCUAUUUGAACUUACUUUUUUGCAAGUGCUGUACUUUCAUAAUAAUAAAUGAGUGAGCAAAAAUGUUUGACAUCGUCAUCAGUUUUUCUUUGUUAAAUGGUAGGACUUCUGUUCACGCCGAACGUUCACAUUAAAUAGGCUGAGUC